AUGAGUUCAGAAAAUAAUUUGGAGGUGAACUUGGAAUCCUCUAGGAAGGAAAAAUCCAUGGCCACGAUAAACGAAGAUGAUGAUGUAGUGGAGAUUGAUGCAGACGAGAUUCAAGACACUACAACAGGAACUCAGGCAGGGGCAUCGAAAGGCAAGCGAAAAAGAAGGUUGACAUCACCUGUUUGGCAAUUCUUUGAGAAGUUGGCAGAAAAGUCGAUUGAUGGUAAGAGCCGUUCAUAUGUGUUGCUCAAGGAGUAUAGUGAUGGGACAGAUGAAGAUCUGAGAGCAAUGUCGUUGAGGAUGGUUACGAAAUUUGAAAAGUACUGGUCUGAAUUUUCAGUGAUUUUAUCGAUUGCGGUGAUAUUGGACCCCAGUCAAUCUUCAGAAUUUCAAACUGUUCGGGACAAAUUAUUCUCAUUUUAUGAAGAAUAUACAACACGUCACAAGGUGGAUCGAUCAUCUGCAUCAAAAGAAAAGGUGGUGCCGGAUCAUCAAGAGUCUGAGACCGUGGAUAUGCUGGAGAAGUUCGAUGAUUAUGCUGAUAAUGUGUAUUCAGCAUCUUCGAAAAAGUCUGAGCUAGAAAAGUACUUAGAUGAGACAAGGAGUGAUAGAAAGACGGAUUUGGACAUUCUUGAGUAUCGGAAGAUUAACUCCCAACGAUAUCCGACAGUUGCAAGGAUGGCUCGUGAUAUUUUGAGCAUUCCCGUAUCCACAGUUGCCUCCGAGGCAGCAUUCAGCUGUGGAGGUCGUGUUCUCAAUCAAUAUCGAAGUUCUUUGAAACCCGACCUUGUGGAAGCACUCAUGUGCUCUCGAGAUUGA